AUGCUCGCUAAAAGCGUGAUUUUACUCUUCCUGGGCGCAAGCUUGGCCGCGGUUUCAGAGGAAGUCCGCAAGCCAACCUGCAACGACGCCAUUUCCGAUGACUACAUUCAGCAUCCCGAGUCUUGCAAUCGCUACUACCGCUGCGUCAAUGGGCAGAUCCACGAUUUCGCCUGUCCCUUCGGCAUGCACUGGUCGCAGGGCGACAAGAGGUGCAUCUUCGAGUCCCAGUCGAGCUGCAGGAUAAACUUUCCGAACCUGCCGGACUUUCCGGACUGGCCGCCUUGGGAACCGACUGAGGCUCCGCCAAACACGCCCCCGACCGCUGCUCCGCACUGCAUUCCGGGCGUGAUGGUGGCCUGGCCGGACAACCACAAUUGCCAACGCUUCUACCUGUGCAUCGAGGGCGACAUGUGGCACAUGUGGUGUCCGCCCAACACGCGCUUCGACUACAUGACCCGUCGCUGCGAUCCCAAUGGCGUCUGCGUUCCCGGAGCAGUUCUGGGCCUCGAAGGGUUCUGA